AUGGGUAUAACACCGUCAAGAGAAAAAUUUAUAGCCUUAGAAGGAUACGCCCAAAAAAGCGUCGAAGAGCGAAAUACAAUACUAACAAACGCAGGAAUGGAAAUAACUCAAACGGACAAAGACUUAGCAGAAUUUUUAGGGGCAGAAGACGUAACCUUAGGUUGCUUUAUUAGAGGUAUUAUUACGAUAUGCAUAGACGAACACAACAACAUACGCAACCAAGAGUUCACAAGAUAUAUGGAGGAAUACAAAAACGUCAACAACGAAAUGCUUGAACAAAAACAUAUAGAAAUGAAUGAACAGAUAAGAAUGAUGGAAGAAAAUUGGAAGCUAAAAGAAGAAUAUUAUUUCAAGAACUCGACAAUGAAAAAACACCAAAUAGUAACGGAAUUAGGUUCGGUCGACCAAGAAGACAAAGAAAAAUUGGAUAAAUACAACAAAUGUAAAGACAUGAUAGAAAAAGAUUUAGAAGCGAGCGAUGACUCCAACGAAGGCCAACUGUGGGAAACGAACAGCGACACAACCAGUGACACUUCAGAUUUCAACCAAA